CCAAAACCCAAUUUCGAGACGCGACAGACACCGUGCACUCGUGAGAGGGUCCCACAAAUGCACAAGGCUCGGAACUUAUCACACUGAACUCUGAUACCACCAAAAUCUGAAGAUCAAAUCUUUAAAAUUCUCUCUGAUAUCAUAAAAUCUCCAAAUACAAUAUCAUGAUUCAUAUCUAAAAUUUAUAUCCAAUUACAAUAUGGCUAGCCUUCUAACUCGUCACUUCCCGUGGUUUCCCCGUCCUCGGUUUCAUUUCCUGAAAUGGUGGACAAGGAAAACUAUGAGAUAAACUCAGUAAGUAAAUAUGGAGUGCCCAUUAUUUAAACUUAUAGCAUGCCACAUAUCCGGUUUUCCAGCAGGGGGAGGGGAAAUUUCUGGGUUCUAUUUGGGUUCUAGAGCAAGAAAGGAAGGAGAAAACCAAGCUUAUCUCACCGGUUUCUCAAAGCAUGGCUGGGUUCCCCUUUCUUUUUUGUUCGGCUGCAGGGGGGGUCGAGAAGAGCAGAACACACGGGCUGGAAGAAGAAAAGAAGGAAGAAAAAGAAAAAGAAAAGAAGCUCAUCCUUAUCCAAAUUCCUUCCACUUUUAAGUCCCUCAAGUUUGGACAUUUCAGCUAUUAAGCCCAAAACAAUAUUUUUCUCACACAAAAACCCUUACUUAAAUGCUAAAAUAGCACAAAAUUUUGGGGUAUUACAAUCCCCUUCCCAAAAACCAUAAAUCCAAGGAAUUUGU